CCACCAACCAGUUGUCAUCAGGGUCUCAACGAGAGCGACGCAUGCCAUGGCCACAGCUCUGGUGAAAGAGCUGGUUGACCAUUCGCAGGGUCGCUUUGGGGAAUGGCGGCCACGGCUUCCCGACCGCAAGGUGGGGGAAUUUUUGCCACAGACCGAGCCGCUGAAUCAGGGAACCAAUUCGGAUGCUUGGGCCACGGUGGUUUUUCAGGUUUUUUGGUGGCCCCACGACCUGCCGGACAUGAAUGACAUGGGCAAACAAAGAGUUGUCCUUCUGGGAGAAGCAGUCUGUCCUCCGAUGUCAUCGCUGGGGGCGUCCUUUCGAGCGCAUCGGCUGCCGCUGCACCAGUGGCAGCGCAGCCCGCCGAUCGAUGUUGCUCCCUUUGAGAGUUUGAGCGGCCAUUUGGAGCAGUAUGUGGACAGUCUGCGGCGGAAAUUCGAUGAGAAGCACCGGGACGCAAAGGUAAGACGUUUGUCCGAGAUGAAACGGCAGGACGAUCUCCACGCCUUGGAGAGGGACUUGAUGCUGGCCUUCCCUUCCUUCAGUGGCUUGGAACCACAUUGCCAACCUCAAAGUCCCAAGGCAGUGGAGCUGGGAACUCCUGUGGCCAAUCGGCCCGUGCCCAUUGCCGUGCCGGAAAAUCCGCUGGUGAAGGAUCUCCCAGCAGUUUACCGUGGCCCAUGUUGUUUGGACGUGGAUCUGGCUUUCGUUGGCCCCUCCGACCUGCGCCGGGCCACGGUGGUGGGCCACGACGGCACCUUGGCCUUCGAGGUGCGGAGCCUGCGGGUACCGCCCUUCGACCACGGCUACGUGAGCCUUCGCGUGGUGGAAGCGGCACGCUUGGACCAACCCAAGGUGACAUCAGAAAGGACAUCCAACAGCCCGGAGAUAGCAGGGACCACUGAGAAUGGAGCGGUGCUGGAGCGGAAGAUGCUUCAGAACAGGGCGCUGGAAGCAGCACGCCUGUCUCGGACACGUGCUUUGUGGUCGUCCGGAUCUGUUUUGCUUGGGUCGUGGGCGGGGUCCAUUUUGACGCCCUGCUGCACGGCGAUGUGGACCACGCGGAAGGCCUCUGCCUCUGUGUGGAUUUCCUCGCAGCAGGAGAUCCUCCGCGCAGCCCAGCGGGACACGUUGCCCGAAACCGCCAGGGAGCAGAUGAACUUCAGGAAAGCCGGGCCUUUUGUGAUUCCAGUCACGAACAAGUGGGUUCCAAUGAGCUUUGAGUCAGGUGAGCCCUUGCCACGGUGCAGGGAGCUCUUUUAUGACACAGCGCACUUUGGAAGAGACAUCAGCCCUUGCAAAGCAAGAGGCAGAAGAUGAUAGAAGUCAAUGUGUACAGAGAUGUGGCUUUGUCUCAUGAAUAUUGGAAUCUCCUUGCCGAUCUGAAAUUUCCAAAGGUGACCAAACUUGAUGAAACCAAUGCAGGGAAACGCUUCUUGAGACCGAUCCACAUGAAGCUGAGGAACUUGGACACUGCUUUUG